AUGUCGCUGACUGACGUACCCAUGUCGGCGCACGCCCGGCAGCACUUUCAGCAGUACCUCUCGCAGCUGUCCACCACUCGCAGCGAUGCUGGCAGCAGCAAGACCGCUCCCUCCGACCUCGACGAGCUGCUGCGCCAAGCCACGCUCCUGAACCGCCGAACCGACGAGCUACACGCGCGGCUCGCCGAGCACGAAUUCGCUGGUACCGACGAUCCGCAGCUGUUCUGGACCACCGUAUCGCUGCUCAGCAACCUGCGUGAUCUGUCCGCCCAGCUGGGCCGAGCCAACUCGGACCGCAGAGCCGCCGAUGCGCUCGCACGCACGCGGCAGAACGUGGCGAUUGCCGAGUCAAUGCUCAGCGUGCUCAGUGUGUCUGGUACGACGCAGGCCAGCGGGCCGUUCACUGCCCCGCUCCAGCCCAUCUCGGCAGUCGAGCCGGCGGGUAAAUUGACGAGCAACGCACAGCGUACGGACUACGAGGGAUGGAAACAGCAAGCUCUUGCUGGGAUUGAAGACGAUGCUUCGACCACGUCGUCGCUAGAAGACGAAGAGUCGGACGCCGAGUCGGUGCUUACGGAUCCCGAGAUCCACGCAGCUGCGCCAUCCGAGCCCGCUGUGGCGCUAGGGGGCAUUCGAAAGGACGACGACGACGACGAUGAUGAUUUGUCCGAGUACGAUCGUGGGCUGAAGUCGCGAGGCGAAGCGUCUGCCGCUGCGACAACUGCGACAACUGGGACGACCGGGACGGCGGGGGCACCGGAGGCUAGCGAGACGAUCCUCCAGUCAGACCGGGCGACGCACGAGGCGCUCUCGUCCGAGCUGCUGCGAAUGGCGUCGGUGCUCAAGACCAACUCGCUCGCGUUUGCCGAUGCGCUCGAACGCGACCGUGUGCUGCUCGAAAAGGCCGGUACGGACCUGGGUCAAAACCUGGACCUCAUGACACGCACGCGCGGCCGUCUGGGUGUCUACUCGAAGAAAGCCCGCAGCAUGGGCUGGUUUACGCUCUCGGCCAUCCUCAUCGUCAUGGUCAGUUGGAUGCUCAUGUUUCUCCUCAUCCGCCUCACCUAA